AUGAGCGUGCAGAGAUCCCCUACCAGUCCUCGAGCCACGACCAAGCAGAGCAAACCACGCAAGGUUUCCGUCGAGUUCGACCCGUUUGCAGCGCCAGACAAGUACUACAGCACCUCGUAUGGCGGUCGGAAGGUUGGCAAGAGCCGUACAUACUCGGAGCACGAUCCAGCACUCUCUAGAGUAGAGGCCUAUCGGCAUCCGGGUAGACGAGGGAGUCAAGAUGUGCCGGGCGGAGCACCUCGUCGCUACCUGCUCGACGUCGACGAGACACUCGACAAUCUGAGGAAGCACGAAGAUACAGACCACAAUGAUCAAAUCACCAUAGAAGACCGUGGACCGAAGUCGUUCUCGCUCCCCACGGUCUCCUCGGAAGGCUAUCGCCGCUUCGACAUUCGCGGGACAUACAUGCUCAGCAAUCUACUGCAAGAGCUGUCCCUUGCACAAAAGUACGGCCGCAAGCAGAUCGAGUUGGAUGAGGUCAGGCUCAACGAGAACCCGGUGAACCGUUUGUCGCGGCGGAUCAAGGACUUGUUCUGGGCCAAUCUCACGAGGCGCAUCGAUGGUAGGAACGUCUUUCAGGUCGCCAGCGAUCCCAAGGAUUGGACGAAAGAGCCUCGACCACGGAUAUACAUCCCUCGUGGGGCACCCGAGCAGUAUCAUUACUACAAGCGAAUCGCAGAAGAGCAUCCUAAGGAGCGGCUGGAAGUGAUGUGGCUUGCCGAGGAACCUGGCGACGAUGACUACGUCCGAGAUCUGAACGAAGCUCCCGGUCUACUCGCGAUUGAGAUGGAGCGGGUGGCUGACACGCCUGAAGGCAAGCCCGACUACAGAGGACUGCCGUUUGUUGUUCCUGGCGGCCGCUUCAACGAGCUGUACGGCUGGGACAGUUACAUGGAGACCCUGGGCUUACUCGUCAAUGGCAAGCCGGAGCUCGGUGAAUCCAUGGUGAGACACUUCUGCUUCUGCAUCCGCCACUACGGCAAGAUCUUGAACGCGAACCGGACAUACUACCUCUGUCGCUCGCAGCCACCCUUCCUCUCCGACAUGGCGUUGCGCGUUUACGAGCACAUCAAAGAGGAUCGAGCUCGAAGCACAGAGUUCCUCAGGACCGCUAUGCUCGCCGCCAUCAAAGACUAUUACAAAACAUGGAUGUCAAAGCCACGCUAUGACCCGGUCUCUGGUCUCUCCCGAUACGUGCCAGGUGGUCGCGGCAUUCCCCCGGAGACCGAGUCUACUCAUUUCUACCCCGUCCUCAGAAAAUACACGGAGAAGCAUGGAAUGACGUUCCAAGAGUUCAUCGAGGCAUACAACUAUGGCCGUGUCUUCGAGCCGGAGCUGGACCAGUACCUACUCCAUGACCGCUCCGUCCGCGAGUCCGGCCACGACACCUCCUACCGCCUGGAGAAGGUUAGUGCCCACCUUGCGACCGUCGACCUGAACUCUCUGCUUUACAAGAUUGAGUCCGAUAUCUGUCGCACCAUUCGCUUCUUCUUCGGCGACCGGCUGGAGAUUCCACCAGAGUGGCAGGUGCCCGGCAAGCCCACGAUCGAGACGUCUGCAGUCUGGGAACGCCGCGCCGCCAAGCGACGCAAAACCAUGAAUGAGCUCAUGUGGGACGAGGACACGGGCAUGUUCUUCGACUACAACACCGUCAAGAGGGAGCAGACUGGCUACGAAUCCGCCACCACUUUCUGGGCUAUGUGGGCGGGUGCAGCCACGCCCGCACAAGCGCUCACUAUGGUCCAGAAAGCUCUGCCUCUCUUCGAAGUCCACGGCGGUCUGGUCUCCGGUACGUUCAGGUCACGUGGACGCAUUGACAAGGACCGCCCAUCCCGCCAGUGGGACUACCCCUACGGAUGGGCACCACAGCAGAUCCUGGCAUGGACUGGCCUGCUGCGAUACGGCUUUAAGGAAGACGCGCAGAGGCUGGCUUACCGAUGGAUCUACAUGUGCACCAAGGCGUUUGUCGACUUCAACGGUGUGGUGGUGGAGAAGUACGACGUGACGAAGAAAACAAACUCGCAUGUCGUCGAUGCCGAGUAUGGGAAUCAAGGAGCGGAUUUCAAGGGUGUGGCUACGGAAGGCUUCGGCUGGGUCAACGCCUCCUACGUCUACGGUCUACAGAUCGUCACGGAGCACAUGAAGCGCGCCCUCGGCGCCGUCACCGAGUGGGACGACUUCAAGCGGAUGACCGAGGCCAGCUCCGCGAAGGAGGCGGCGCAGAUCUUGGAGCACGCGCACAUGAACGACAAGGGCGCGGGCCAGGUGCACGUUGCCGAGCAUGUGCAUCUCGCUGCUGCGGGUGUGUCGUCGCCGAAGCUGCCGCAUAAUCAUCAGGAUGAGAGUGGGCAUAAGGCUACGCAUGGGGCUGCGGAGAGGAAGGAGCAUCAUGGGCCUGGGGAAGUGAAGAGUGGGGGUGUGCAUUGA